AUGCGCCAUUCAGAAGAGCCGCUCUCGCAAAAACCAGGUGCUGCAGGGAUUACGGAGCGGUCGGUCGAAGCGACGCCGAUGAAAACGACUGUAUCACAGCCUUUGCCUUCUAUAGCUUCGCUCUCCUUGCAUGAACGCGAAGCCGACCAAGAUGUCGACCACUUUGGUAAUCCGAUGGAUGACUCGUCCAUGACCGAAGGAGUCAGUGUGUUCGAUAACCAGCCUGUUGGUGUGGAACAAGCCCCGCAUUCAGCACAUCCGGACAAGUCCAACUUGAAGUCUCACCCGAUGCAUUCCCUACACGAGCAAAGCACCCAUGAACAAGACUCACUUCAGCAUGCGGCAGAGCCUCUGCUGACAGGCAAGCUGAAACUUGAAGUUUUGGAACUCGAACGCGUCCCCCUCUCUGUCCCUGUGCUGCGUCGAGCUUUUGACUGGUCUAUGCUAUCCACACUAACCCUCCUGCACUGUAGCAAUCAUGAGCAGCUGUGGAAGACUUUGAGAAGGGCAUACACGCCUCGCCCCCCCUAUCCGGGCUCGCCGUCAUCGUCAAAAGCAUACAAGGCUUCCUAUACUCUGCGAUCUGAAUACCAACUGAACUUGAAGCGCAUUCACACUAACACAGUCUCACCCUCACUCAUCUCUUUCUUGAAGGAAACCUUGGCGCCCAAUAGUCUAGAGGUUCUCUUCCUCCAAGAGGGCCGCUCAUAUUCGUCUACGGUAACAGUAGAUGCCAUCUACAAAGGCCCAUUGAAGAGGCACCGAGCCAGUCUGAAGAAAUUGAUGAUUGACAGUGGAGAAAAGGGACCCGAUGGACACACAACCACGAGCUCAAGAUGGAGGCGAUGGAUGCUGAAUCGGGAAAUCCUGACUUUCAUAACCAGUGGCCGCAUGAACAGCCUGCGAGAACUCGCCGUGUCCAUCGACUACAAAGAUUGGCACCAUUUCCUCCAGCGUCUUCCGUACAUCCCCCACAUCCGCUCCCUGUACAUCCCCUUCAUUGCCGACCAUGCCCACGGCAGCAACAUCGAUCCGCGUGAGCUCGCCUACCAGAUUCUCGACAUUGUGCACUUGCGGCCGGAAAUCGAGCUCUGCUACAUGGGCCUGUCCAACAAGUGCUUCGAGAUUCUGGAGAACCGACCAUCAAACUAUGACCUGCGUCAUGACGGUAUGCAUGCUGAUGGCAGUGGCUCUGCAUACGCCACGCAUGAUCCCAUGCUGUCGGACGAUGAGAGCGAAGCCACCGAGGACGACGAUGAAGACAGCAUGGACGAAGGCGCAGCACCAAACGGAAGUGACGACACGGAAAGCGAUGUCAGCGACGAGGCAGACGCCGAAAGCGACGACGAAUCAUUCAUCCAAGAUUCACAGAAAGGGCCGAAGCUGAGGGUCAGAGAAAUCCUCUUUUAUGAGGAACGAGUAGAGGCAUUCAGAAGGCGGCAUGGCGUGCUCAGGCCAUGA